AUGCAAACUCCACCCACAAUCACCGUAACGCCCAACGGCACCGACAACAACCGCAACCCCCAACCGCUCCCAAACUGGAUCUUCUUCAGCGCGGGCCUGCCCUCCCCACACCCACCGCACCAAAGCCUCGGCAUCCUCGACAACGGGCCCGGGAGCGAAAAGCUGCCCCUGGAAAUCGGGUACGGCCCUGUUCUGGGCUGCGGACUGCCUCUACCGCGGGUGGUCAUCAUUUCACCGAAUCUCGGGCCCAAUGGGAAAUGGGAGGCUGGGUCCGGGAGGAUUACGCGGGAGCAGUUGCUGAUGUGUUGUCAGAAGGGGAGUGGGCCGGCGCCAGCUUUGGGGGAGCAGGCUUGUGGGGUUUGGGGGGUCAGGAAGGAUGGGGUUGAAGGGGAGAAGUUGAUGUUUGGGCCGGGGAGGGUGAUUGAUGUUAAGGAGGAUGCGAUGGUGUUUACGGUUGGGAGGAAAGGGGGGAGGGCGGAUUAUUUGUUUUGA